UUAUUUGACGAAAUCCUUUUAAUGUCGUCUUCGAACACUUUUUGUUGUGUAAUCAAUAUUAGUCGAUUUAAUGCAAAAUUGUACUCUGGUACGGUGACGUACUUUGGGAAUGUUUGUUUAUGUUUCCUGCAUUUAUUGUAGAAACGAAAUAUGAAUGCUGUGACGCGAACUAAUUUACCUAGCGACGAAAAUAGCGUUAUAAGAGUGUCGUCGUCCGGGGAAGGAGGCAAUGUGGACACACAUGCGUAACUAAGACUUGCCGAAUCAUGUGUAUUGCGUUUUUCCUCAUUCGUGUUUACCACCGGUUUGUGUAUAGGCCAGAAGUCGCGACUGUGUUGGAGCCAUGUAGGACCAUGGAGCCACAAGUCAUUUUGUACGAGCGCGGCGGGGAGCAGACCGCGAGACGCCGGGUCAGCGCUGUUAUCAGCUGACGGGACGUGACGCCAACAGCGCGCCGGGACACGGGACAAAAUCUCACUGAGCCAUUGAUGCUCAAGUAAACAGCAGAAAGAAACGCAGUCCUCGUGUGAUUCGUGAGCCCGUCAUGCACUUCGAAGGCUAUCACACUCUGGAGAAUAUCAAUAACUGGUUCCAACAUCUAGCUGAGCAGCACAGUAACAUCGUCACUUUGGUCACUGCUGGUACUUCACAUGAGGGACGAAACAUCACCGGUAUAAAAAUAGCCCGAAACUCUAACCGGCCAGCAUUCUUCCUCGAAGCUGGUCAGAUCGGAGCUGACUGGCUAUCUCCCACUGUAGUCUGUUACAUUGUGGACCAACUGGUUCGCGGCGAUAACCCUGAUGCAUUGGCUGCGUCGAGAGAUUUCGAGUGGCAUAUCUUCCCUAGUGUCAACCCUGAUGGUUUUGAGUUUUCUGAUAACAAUGUUAGAUUAUGGACUAAAAACCGAAGACCACAACGCGGUAACCAGAUUGGAGUUGAUCUUACAAGAAAUUGGAACUCUCAAUGGGGAGUUCGCGGUGGAAGUUUCAGCCCAGUAGAAGCCAGCUUCAUCGGCAUCGGUCCUUUCUCCGAACCAGAAACCCGUGCUCUCUCCAGAUACAUGGAAUCUAUUGGUCACAAUCUAGCCGCAGUUUUGUCCUUCAGAGGUUUUGGGCAGAGGCUGGUUAUACCUUACGCACAUACGUCAGAGCCUUUGGACAACUACAAUGAAAUGAUUACUAUCGGACGGAGAGCAAUGGGUUCAUUAGCAGUGAAACAUGACACUCAAUAUUUAGUUGGAAAUUCCGCUGCAGUCCACGAUGGAUCAACAGGCGUGCUUGUCGACUGGGCAAAAUACAGGUUUAAGCCUCCAGUAGCAGCUACUUUCCUGCUCAGAGACAACAGCGGUUGGGGACACAUAUUACCUGUCGCACAGGUCUUGCCUUCCUGUGAGGAGACAUAUGAUGCAGUCAUAGCUAUCAUUAGAGAGGCGAAAUAUAUCAGCUUUAGACCGUUUUCACAUUAUCCGAUCCGAUAUCGGAUGUCGGAAGGAUUUCAAUAGAAAAAAUCCAAGAUGGCGCCUGUAAUGUA